AUGAAGUUCUGCUACAGGUGCUCGAAACGCCAUCUCGUGUUGAGGUAUCUAAUUGCAGGUCUCUCCAUCACAACUGUCAUAUUAUUAUAUAUCUUGAACGUUCUUUUUCCGUGGGUCUGGGUCGGCAUUGUUAACCUGCUGGAUCUCUAUGGCGGUUACUGGACACCGGAUGAUCUAUUACGGAAUAGUAUCAGCGAAAAAGAUAGAGCGCAACUCGUUUCACUCUUAAAGGUGUUGUUACCAGUCUUGGACGAGGGGAAUUUCACAUAUCUUGUGUACGGCGGGACAUUGUUGGGGUCUUGGCGACAUCACGCCAUGAUGGCCUGGGAUGAUGACAUUGACAUCAUGAUAGACUAUGAUAGGCGGGGGGCGGUCAUUCAAGCCUUGAAGGUCUUAGAACCUGACUUUGUUAUAUAUGAUACGGGGUGUGUGGUGAAGUUUCAUAGAAAAGAUACGAAGAUCGUCAAAGGAAAGAAAUGGGGCUGGCCAUUCGUUGAUGUGACCUUUUUCGGCCAUAAUUCGACUCAUCUCUGGGAUAUGAACUCGUUCUGGAUAUCAAUAAAGUACAAACUAACCGAUGUCUUUCCGUUACAUAAACGCCCUUUUGAGAGUCUUAUGGUCAAUUCACCUCAUAAUACGUUAUCCGUUUUGUACAAGGUCUUUGGGAAAACGGAUACCUGUUCGUCUUGGAUUUACAGCCAUAAAGUUGAAACGGCUGCAAAUUUGGUAACUUACGUCAAAUGUGAAACACUUAAGGAUGUUUAUCCCUUUGUGCACAGAAAGUUUGUGAAUGGAAAGAUGCGGGAAACCCUUAUGAAGGGAGACAAAGUGUUACAUGUGGUUAAUGUAGACGAACUUGAAGAGAAUCUGUCUUCACCUUAUAGCUUAGAACGGUUAAGGUCAACGUUGGAUUAUAAUAAUAGCACGGUCGGACCUUAG